AUGGACUUUGAGACAGCGUUUAGUCAAGGUGAUACUCUUCUUGAGAAAUGGGAACGGUCUUUCAAUUCUAUCAUAUCUUUUCUAUCAAAAGAAAACCAUAUUAAAGAUAAGAAUGUAAAAAAACUUAUUGACUCAUUAAAGACUGAUAUUGGAAUAUCGGAGAAUGGACGCGAUGCUGCUUUGAUUUGGGCAUUGCAUGGGUAUUUUGUUCCAACGAAUAAAAUAAUUCGAAUCGAUCCAAAAACAAAUAAGAAGGUAACAACAAAAUUCACUAUAAAAGAUUCACAAGAAUCUGUAAUUUUUGUCGGGGAAACACAACAAGUAAUAGAAGAUCACAUCGAACAUAUUCGAAAAACCAAAAUUUCAGUUCAGCCUUCACUCUACUGCGUUGGGGAAGAUAUAUUUACUAUUAAAGAUAUAUUCCUUCACAUUGAGGGAGUGCGUUAUAAUUUUAAAAGCGCUUUAAAAGCAUUAGAUACUUGUUUUAAAUCAAUGUAUCUUUUUGACAUGCAAUUUCCAGAAGAGUCAAAUAUGUUUUACACAUUUCUUGAAUGUUUUUUUUAUAACUUUAAAGGCACCAGAAGUUAUUCUAAAGUUCAUAUUCUAUUAGAAUACUUGCAAAAAAAAUCUUUUUAAUGUA